GGGUGUUUCCCCUUUGUUAGUCCUCUUUUUUGUGUUCUCCUAACAGUUGAAACCUUUGUUCGUUUGACUGGAUAUCCGUUAAACCAGCGACAUGUCAUUUCUACCGAAGCUUUCAAGGGUUUUUGAGGCGUUGGCCGUUACAGACAGAGAGUCCCUCCUAGAAACGAAUGCCCUCGCGGUUGCUGAUCGAGAUUUUUCAGUGACCACUCAAAUGGACACAGAACGAAAAGCCACGACCAUCACGUCUGUCUAUUUGCUUAUUCUUUUUUUUCUUUUUCUUUUUACUUUUCUGGGUUGUAUGGUUGCCAGAAGAAACAAACCAAGGCUGCCGAGUAAUGAUGGAAAUAUAGAAGGGACGCUAAUUGGAAGUGCUGCUGAAGCAAAUACUGACACUGACCUUGUCAUAAUUCCGCAAAACCAGUUUGAGAUCGAAGCAAACAGAGCCAUCGACCAUCAUGAUAAGGCACACUGCAGAGGCUGUUUAUCUACCCUCGGGACAAAGUGUAACUUGGGGACGCAGGUUGCCCUCCUCAACUUCCUUCUAGAGAUUCCUUCAGCUGUUUUCGACCAGAUUUCAUCAGGGAAUAAGCCUAUUUAUGUUCACAUUGUGAUGUUGAUAUCCUUCACAUCAAUGCUUGUUUGCUUCGUCGAGCUCGUCAGCAGAGGUAGAAGGGAAAAGAUCACAUGGAGGUGCAGUAGUACAGGAAGAAUACCGUGGUUUUAUCAUCCUCCUCCAGGUAACAGGCCUUUCGGUACACUGAUGGAAAUGAUUGGAUUGGGGUGUGCUAUAGCUCAGUGUAUUGUCACAACAAUUAAUUAUUCUUUUUGCCUUCGAGAUCAUGCAGCCCCUAUUAAGAUAUCUGUUUGGCCUAUUGUAUUCGGUUUUGGUAUGUUGUGUUCUAAAUUAAUGGGGAAGCCAAAUGAGGCCAGGACGGAUCAAGAUGGGGGCGAUGUUGCCCUUGAUCAACCAAAUGUGCAUCAGCCAUUAACGCUAGCUUAAUUACAGCAAAAAGGGCAGAGCUGCCGCGACCUACAAAUUUUUGCAGUCUUUUCCACUAUUUACACAGCAUUGUUAAGCUAGACUUUGCAAAAUUUGGCUGUGGAAUUAAUUCCUUUCCUUUUGCCCUACUUGGAUUUUGGACAACAAUAGUAACUAAAUAAGUAAGACAACUAAGUCAAGCCAAACGACGACAGAGUCAAAUUAGAACGGGUCAAGAUGGAGAGAUAGAUCCUGGGAAAUGUGAAAAAAAAAUAAGAUAAAGAGACACCAAUAACUAGGGGCGGACCAUAUUGAUCGGAUGAUAUCAUUGAAGUGUCAACAAUUUUUAUUAUUUAUGUUAGAG